CUGUCCCUCACCUGUCUCUAACUUGUCCCUCACCUGUCCCUCACCUGUCUCUAACCUGACUCUAACCUGUCCCACACCUGUCUCUAACCUGUCUCACUUGCCUCCCACCUGUCUCUAACCUGUCUCUCACCUGUCUCUAACCUGUCUCCCAUCUGUCUCCCACCUGUCUCUAAUCUGACUCCCAUUUGUCUCCCACCUGUCUCUAACCUGUCUCCCACCUGUCUCUCACCUGUCUCUAACCUGUCCCUCACCUGUCUCUAACAUGUCUCACUUGUCUCCCACCUGUCUCUAACCUGUCUCUCAACUGUCUCUAACCUGUGUCCCACCUGUCUCCCAUCUGUCUACUGCCUGUCUCUAACCUGUCCCUCAUCUGUCUCUAACUUGUCCCUCAUCUGUCUCUAACUUGUCCCUCACCUGUCUCUCACCUGUCUCCCAUCUGUCCCUCACCUGUCUCUAACCUGUGUCUCAUCUGUCUCUAACCUGUCUCCCACCUGUCUCUAACCUGUCUCUAACCUGACUCCCAUCUGUCUCCCACCUGUCUCUAACCUGUCUCCCAUCUGUCUCCCACCUGUCUCUAACCUGACUCCCAUUUGUCUCCCAUCUGUCCCUCACCUGUCUCUAACCUGUCUCUAACCUGACUCCCAUUUGUCCCUCACCUGUCUCUAACCCGUCUCCCAUCUGUCUCCCACCUGUCUUUAACCUGUCUCCCACCUGUCUCUCACCUGUCUCCCAUCUGUCCCUCACCUGUCUCUAACCUGACUCCCAUUUGUCCCUCACCUGUCUCUAACCCGUCUCCCAUCUGUCUCCCACCUGUCUCUAACCUGUCUCCCACCUGUCUCCAGCUGUGGAGACUCUGACUGUCCCUCCAGCAGAGACUCAGAGCAGCAGCGUGUGGCUGAUCGUCGGCGUGGUCGUCCCGGUCCUGCUGGCCGUCUUCAUCAUCAUAAUCCUCUACUGGAAGCUGUGCGGCUCCGAGAAGCUGGAGUUCCAGCCGGACGCCAUUAACACCAUCCAGCAGAGGCAGAAGCUUCAGGCUCCCAGUGUGAAAGGCUUCGACUUCGCCAAGCUCCACCUGGGUCAGCACAGUAAAGACGACAUCAUGGUGAUCCAGGAGCCCGGUCCGCUGCCCGUCCCCGUCAAAGAGGCUACUCCCUCCGACGGCGGAGACCUCAACACCCCUAAAUCUAAAGGAUCAUCCACCAAGGCAGCCCGGUCCAGCCGCCGCAGGGGCAGGCUCAGCCCGUCAGACGGCGACUCGUUAGGCAGCGACCAAUCCAGCGGCAGAGAAUCAGCAGAAGAAAGCACCCGACCUGUGGCCACGCCCAGUGAGGGCAAACAGCAUAGGAAGACGCCCAAAAAUGGCAGCGGUCCAGACGAGCUUCUGUCCUCAUCCUCCAUCUUCGACCACGUCGACCGCUUGUCUCGCGGCUCUUCUGAUGGCACGCGUCGCCAGGCCAACAAGGUGCAGCUGAUUGCCAUGCAGCCGCGGCCGAGCCCGCCGCACGCCCAGUCCCAGAUGAGCCCAACCCUCACCGAGAAGGUCAACACAGAGGUGGCGCUGAGACACAAGUCGGAGAUCGAGCAUCACCGGAACAAACUUCGUCAGCGUGCUAAGAGGCGGGGUCAGUGUGAGUUUCCCUCCAUGGACGACAUCAUGGAUGCAUUCGGAGACGGACCGGUGCAGGGCGACGUGGCGCAGCGUCUCUAUAGCUCCGCCCAUGACCACAUGGACUGCAUCCUUCAGGCCGACACCAACUCACCCCCCACCCCCAGCGACUCCAGGAGGAGGGGGAGGCACUCUCCUCGGGGUCGGCGGGCUCAGCCAGGACCUGGAAGUCUUCCCGAUACAGACAGAGACAGGCUGCUCACCGAUCAGAGCGCCACCUACAGGAAAUACCCAGGACUCAACAACGUGGCCUACAUGUCGGACCCUGACCUGCCCCCAGACCAUGGCAGCCCCUCUCCUACCGACGAGGUGUUUGAUCCUGCCCCGGCCCCCCCACCCUACAUGCCCCCCCAGCCCUCUAUCGAGGAGGCGCGCCAGCAGAUGCACUCCCUCCUGGAUGACGCCUUUGCCCUGGUGUCGCCCUCCUCGCAGGGCAGCGCCGGGGUGAGCGGGGUAAGCCCUGCCCUGCCCAGCCCCUCCCCCCAGGCCUGCCCCGCUGGCAGGCAGUGGGGCUCUUACCCAGCAGCCCCCUCUCACAGCCCCUUUUCUGCAAGAUACGCAGAGCUGGGAAUGUCUCCCACCUCAGUGCAGGGCCUGCUGCAGAGGCAGGGCCUGAGCUCAGGAGGGUAUGUGUCUACUGGGGACCAGCUGCAGGAGUCUGUUUACUCCAGCAGGGGGCAGUAUGAGGACCCCCCCUCCUCAUCUAGACCGCGACCUGUAGGGGGCAGCACAGGUGCGCAACUCCACCACUUAACCCAGGUGGGUUUGUCCAGUCAGAUUGGUGUGUACCCUGGGGUGGGUCGCAGCAUGUCUGGUCCCACUGGCUCCAGCUGGAACCAGCAGCACUCAGACCAGGAUCUGUCUAGACCAGGAGCCAGCAGAGAGAGUGUGCUGUCGUUUCCUGAGUUCUCAUCUUCCUCUGUUUUCCAGAUGCCCAGCUCCUCAUUGCGGGACCCAUCAGCACCGCCUCUUCUCCUGACCUCACCAACUCCAGAGUACCCGCCGGAGGACGCCUCACCCUCUGCCCACACCUCUGCCUCUCUUAUAAAGGCUAUCAGAGAGGAACUGCGACGUCUAGCCCAGAAGCAGGCUGCAGUGACCAGCUACCCUUAGACUGGUCUGGAUCUGUUUGGAUCAGAACUCAACUGGUUUCAACCGUUAUUGUUUUAAACCACUCAGAACCUUUAGGGACUGGAUUAAAACCAUAACACUGACUGAUCUACACUCUGGACUCUUGAGCUAAUCUACAUCUGUGCCGCUAAAUCCAAACUAACUCUGGACCACGAUCCACAUCUGGGGAAAAAAAAAACAGUGUCUCCUGACUGGAAGACCUCCGGUAUUUUACAGGGUCCCGUCUGUCUAUCCGUCAUCCAUCAGCUCAGUGUUUAUUGGACAAGAGUUUGACUCUAAACUCUGUUUCCAUUGAAGUGCUUCCUGAAGUGGAUCGGCCAAUGAUCAUCAUGGAUCCUCCACACCUGAUCAUCUGGACUGGAAUGUCCUUCCCGACCAUAUGGAGUAACCCUAAGCCCUCCUGUUCUUCCAGGAGUGGAUGUUCUCUCUCCAUCUUCUGGACAGGAUCAUUCCUCCUGACCUUCCAAGUGGAUGGUCCCUCCUGACCUUCUGGAGUCGAUCGUCCCUCCUGACCUUCUGAAGUGGAUUGUCCAAUGGACCUUUUGUGGUGCUAACCGUCAGCCUCAUACCGUCUCCUCAUUGACCACUUAUUGCCUUUCACACUCCCAUCAGCCACGGGCAUCAGGUCUCCGUUCAUGAACCAUAUCAAUGAGGUCUUUGCACUGUCGACAACUGGAGGUGGCAAACAGUUCCUACGGCAAGGGAACGCAAAACAGGAAAAAAGAGUAUAUAUAUAAAUAUCUAUAAGAAUGAAUAUAAAUAUCUGUAAAGAGAUAGAAUACCAAUGAGCACAAUAUCAGUGUAAGAGUUAUUAUUGGAGUAUUGAGAUGUUGCUUAUUUUUUAUUGCUUAUAUAUGAAAGUAUACUUUAAAUCAUUUAUUUUGAUCAAAAAAGACCAAACUACUGUCCUGUGGUUAUAUUCCUCUUGUGUUUCAGCUCGCUGUAGAUUUUGAGCCGGCACUUGUUUCUCCGUGGAGACGUUGCUUAGCGUAGCUGCUCGCUUGUGUGUUCAUGUAUCGGUGGCAAUGAAAAAAAACUUACGCUAAUGCAUCGCUUUGAUAUAACGUUUUUUAUCGCUGAUUUGUUGCAUCCAUCAGUUUGUGGGCGGAAUGCUAUAGAUGAGUUUAUUACGUGACAGGUGGGUAAAAGUGUUUCUGUAUUAGGGCAGAGACGGGAAACCAGUCAUUCAUCACAACCAGAGACUAAAGCUAGAAGCAGCAGCUGGGACAGGUGGUUCACUUUCUUUUUGUGAAAUUGGAUGAAAAUUUUGAUUUUUUGUCUAAUUUUGCAGAUUAUAACGUAAUAAUUAAAAUAUUAUGAUAAAGUUGAUAACAGUGAUUAUUAUUAGUAGUAGUAGUAGUAGAAGGAACUACGAGUGAAGUCUGUAGCCCAGAAAGACACUGGAAGUCCCAGACUUGAAUUGUAGAUUUGGAGAGACCUUGGCACUCGUGGACUUCGUCCCAUUAGGUCCUCUUCAGGUGUGGGGAACCAGCCUUUAACUUCAUGUGCUGGUUGUGCAGCUGAAUGACUGGUUCCCCUCUCUGCCGGUUGGCUGUUUCCUCUGUAAUGUUGUGAAGAAGUCGGUCGCUCGUAAAAUCUGGUUCCACGGCGCACAAGAGGGUUUGUUCGCCUCUGCUCAAAGCUCUUCUACAGCAUGUUUGACUAAGUUUGAGGCUUUAGCUACUCGUGAUGUCCCAGUUAAUGUUUAUUAGCAUGCUGCUAAAAGAUGUUAAAAAACAAAGUUUUAAAAAAGUAAAGAGUUGUUCCACAUCAAGUUAAGAGUGAGCAAAGAGUGAUUAAUGUCACAGUGCCAUAAAACCAUCAUCCAAACUCUGUAGAAGAGGUACAUAUGAAACAUCAUGUUUUUUUCUUUUGCAUUUCCAAAAGAUAUUUUUUAAUCUAAAUAAAGAUGGUUACAGUUAAAAGUGGAUAUGAUGUUGAAUAGAAAACAAAAUAUAUAGAAAAUAUUUUAUCUGUGAUUGCUCUGCUGAACGGACUCAAAGAUCUGCCCGGCAACAGUGCCAACACAUCCCUCAUGGACUAGAAACCAACCGCAGAACGCUUCACCGGCUGGAGACUUUCUGAUUGGACGUAGCACCUGUCAGUCAAGCUGUAGGACCUGGCCACGCCCACAGGAUCACUUGGUGCUAAUUCAACGACUUGAGGCGUGUCGAAACUCCUUGGAUCACACACAAAACACAAAAAAUUUUACCCUGCAGGUGUCGUGAUUGAAAAAGAUUAAUCUCGUAUCAAGCUCGGGAUUCAAGCUGCUGCUCUGCAGGUUUCACAAACUUCUGAAUGUUUCCUUCAAUGUUUUCUAUCGUUUCAGAGAUUCUGUGUUUUCUAGAUCUGUGAUCCUCAGUGAGAAUCCAGCAGACGACCAGUCGCACUGUGGAUAUUUACUCAUGACAAAACUCACCUGGUACCAACAUGUACGUGUACGGAAACCCUACGUUUCUUUAAUCUUGUGCACAAGAUAUUCACUUGUCGAAACCAGAACUUGUGCAAACAAGAAACCCACCUAUGCCCAUAACGUAUAGCAACAAGAUAACCUGUGCAAACAUGUUACCAACUCUCUCAAAGUUUUCACUUUUGAACAAGAUUCUAGCUCACGUGCACAACAUUUAUUUACUUGUCAAACAAGAUACAAGAUAAUAACUGUGGAUCUUGUCAUGUUCAUACAAGAUACCAAUGUGUGCACAGAAGUGAUAUUCUUGUGCAAACAAUAUAGUAACUUGUUAAACAAUAAAUUAACUUUGCACACACGAUAACUUGUGGGAACAAGAUACUAACAUGUGCACUAGUUAUUCUUUGCACAUAAGAAUAAAAAUCCAAUGUUUCCGGGAACAUGACAACAUCUGGAUCAGUGUCACUAUUAUACUGCAGUCUGUAUUUGGAAAAUUUAAAACAGGUGACAGCUUGUUCUGUUCUUACCAAGAGGUGUGUGUGUUUUCAGGUUUUAAUUAUCACAUAGUUUGACUCGAUAGUUUUGUCAUGAAUGAACUUCCAUACAGGUACUGGUCUGAGUCGAACCACAUUCCUGUUGUUCCUUUCUGGACUUUGUUCCGACAUGCAGCUUCACUGAAGCCCAGACCAGGUGAGUUCACAUCAGUCCAGGUGUGAUGCAGGUAACUCAGUGAAGCUGCUUCGAGGAAACAGAGCCUGGAGGAAAAGUAAUUUUAAUGUCAAAUGAGUGACGCAGGAACACUGCCAGCAGUCUCACCUGUUCAACAGCAGCCAGGUGAGUCUCCAGCUGAUCUGACUGUGUCACAUGACAGGACCUGUUCUACCCAAACUCUGUGUGAGCUGCAUCCUGUGGUGUUUCAAGUCUAAAAGAUUGUGUUAAACAUUAAAGACGUGUUGAAAUUCA